AUGGCGAACGGCCAGUUUGUAAGGUUCUACGCAAGCAGGCUGACGCUUAAGGCUGCGAAGGAGGAAUCCGGCCAAAGUGCCACAGUCGCCUGCCGCGCCUGCUCGUGCUGCUGCCACCGGCCAAUGUUGUAUGAAGCGCUCCUUACCAUUCAGAGUUACGUGGAACGUUGGUGCUCGGGCCUGUCCAGCCUGUCCAGCCUGUCCGAGCCUGCCUUGCCCGUCAAGUGUCACAUAUGGAUUGCACUGUCUUGCUUGCCUCAUAGGUAA